ACGUUUUCCCUCGCCAAACCGCAGUUUUCGGGUUUAAGUUUAGCUUCUUUACACAGCGUCUAUGAGUCCUUUCACUUUCAUGCCUCGCGCCCCGCCCGGGCUAGGAAAAGCAGGUAAGACGACUAACUUUCGACCAAUCGAUAGGCGCAGUCUAGCCCCUGCUCACUCCUCGUCUUCCAGGACCUCCGACCCGACUUCAGGGCAUCCCAUCACCGGUCUUAUGGAAUGUUGCUGUGCCCCAGGUCCCUUAACUUUUCCGGACGGCGUGUACCGCCACUGUGUCAUGAUCCUUACGGAUGCAGCCACUUGGGCAGUCUCUUGUAUCUGGCCGAGCCACGGCAUGAUGAUGAGACCAUUCCGUGGAGGCACAGUUGAAGGUUCAAAACCUGGUCAGCUUUGUGGGUGCAUUGACGCUCAAAUGCAGCACGGCGCUAGUACCCUUUCACCACUUGGUAGUGCACAUCUGCCCUCGAGUGAAGGUGCGGUCUGGGUGCAUGCUCCAGAACUGGCAACUCUAAACGGAGACAGCGUUGAAUACCUCCACGACUAGUCUGCAGCAGUGGUAGCAGCGCCACACCUCGCAGCAAGCACCAACACCGACAGGUCGCAGUCACGCCUUGAUUCAUUGAGCG